AAUUGAAUAAGCAAUUCUGCUCCUAGACAAACGGUGGCAUGGCAAUGGCCUAAACCAGGGUUUACCCUACACUUGCGCCUCGCUACUUGUUCAACUUUUGCCACCAAUUCGUUAUUCUCUUCUCUUCGAUGCACCGUCUUGAUCUCGGCGAUGUUUGGAAGAGCAAAGCCCGAUCCCUGCAGUUGCAGCUCAGGGACCGUUUCAGAGUCGCCGUCGACCGACAUUGGCGCCGCCGCCAUCACCAUACGGUCUUCCUUCAUGCCGACGGUUAUUUCUCCUCCACUAUUCAACGUUGGCUUAACCGAUUUCGCGACUUUCGUAGAGAUGCCUUGCCUUCUUCCACCUCUUUCUAUCGUAAACGAGUGAGUAGGGAUUUUAGUUCCGAAGAAGAUUCAACCAUUCUUCGUAUGAUGCAAGCUGUUGCUGUUCCGAUUCUAGGAAAUGUUUGUCACGUUUUUAUGAACGGAUUAAACCGUGUUCAGGUGUAUGGAUUGGAAAAACUACACUCUGCAUUGCUGGAAAGACCUAAAGGCAAGCCUCUUCUUACGGUCAGCAACCAUGUCGCUUCCAUGGAUGAUCCACUUGUUAUUGCUUCACUACUUCCUCCACAAGUUCUUUUGGAUGCUAGAAACCUCAGAUGGACACUUUGUGCAACUGAUAGAUGUUUUAAAAACCCUGUAACUUCUGCAUUCUUUCGUUCCGUUAAAGUCUUGCCGCUUUCCAGGGGUGAUGGAAUUUAUCAGGAGGGAAUGGAUAUGGCUCUUUCUAAGUUGAACAAUGGUGGUUGGGUCCACAUAUUCCCGGAAGGUAGUCGCUCCCGAGACGGUGGAAAAACCAUGGGUUCUUGCAAGAGAGGUGUUGCCAGGUUUAUCCUGGAUGGAGAUAGCAUGCCUGUUGUUAUCCCGUUUGUACAUACAGGGAUGCAGGAGAUAAUGCCAAUAGGUGCCAGCAUUCCGAGAAUUGGAAAGAGGGUUACUGUUAUCGUAGGCGAUCCUAUCAAUUUUGACGAUAUACUCAACAUGGAGAAAGGCCCAGAUGUGCCAAGAAAAAGACUGUAUGAUGCAGUCGCCGCAAGAAUUGGUGAUCGGUUGCAUGAACUGAAGGCCCAGGUCGACAGAAUAGCAAUGGAAACAGAAUUGCGGUUAAAAGGCCACUCCCCACACAGCAUGGAACGUGCAUCUGGAAUCUUGCAGCAGGUUGAUUGGGAAUUAUUUGGAAUGGAUAACUUUAUAUCUUCUGCUGAUGAUGAUUCAAUGCAGACACCAGAAACAGUUGUCCUUCUAAAUUCAAGUGUUUCUCAACAGCAUCGGCAGUCUCCUUGUAAAAAAGUCAGUUUGUCAUACAGGAUGCGUGGCUAUAUGGAUCAGAUGGAACUAAUGUCUUUUGCUGCCAGAGGAUUAUUUAUGAAUAACAAUGAAACUAAGAACUCUGCUGGCUUUAGAGAGACACGUCCCUUAAAUGCAUGGAAACAGUUUUUUGAUGCUAAUGUAUUAAAUCAGUGGAAUUACAGUAUGUAGAUUGUGUAAAUUUUGUUAGAUAAACAGUUGAACGUUGUAGAGAUGAUUAGAAUUUGUAACUAAAAUAGUAACUUAUCAGUUUAGCUGUUUGGUAAUGAUUACUGUGUGGUAGGCAGUAUAGAAUCAUAUGGUGGCGCACUUGCUCCCUAAUGCGAUGAAACCAAGAAAAAGUUGCAUUAAGUGAGUAUUUUAUUUUUAAUAUAUUUUUGGUCUUUUAUUU